CCUAUGCCUUACCUGCUUGCUCGACUCUGAAGUGACCGAAAUGCUGUUUGACCGGUUCUCCUGCUCGCACUCGCAGGCUAUUAUCUCUCGCAAAUUCUCUCCCAGCGGCCGAUUGGUUCGCCGACCAUACACGUACCGUUUGACAAACGGUCAGAUUUUUGUCCUCAUGUGGACAAUCUCAGACGUGGGUGCUGCAUAAGGUACACAGAUACGGUUUACAGUACCUAGUCGGACUUGUGCUACUGCUAUUUAUUGUGUUCAAUUAAUAAUAUCUUUAAAAAAUGUUCAUGGAAUCAUGUAUUUUGGUUCGGUUUAAGUAAUGUUAUGUGUUCAUAUAACAUUUGUGUAUUUGUUGUGACUUUGUGACCCGUUUCGAUUUUUGAACCUUGGUGAAAUAAUAUAUCAACAAUAAUGAUUUAAAAUCAUGAGUCGUGUUUCUUCUCAAAACAUGGAAUCAUUACCGAAACAAUUUGUUGCGGCGAUGCGAACUUUAUUUGACAUUAUGGAUGAUAAACACACCGGUUAUGUUAAGCUCACAGAUAUUGAAAAUCGUUGGAGGGACGAUCGCACUAGAGGAUUGCCUCGCGGUGUUAUAGAAAGCUUGCAGAAGGUCGCAUCUCACGAUGGCCUGCUAACAUUCGAGAGAUUCUGCACUGGACUAAAAAUAUGCCUGUUGCGUAACCAAGUAGAAAUAUCGUCUGGAAAAGACGAUAGAUUUAAUGACGACGUCGAAAAUAAUGGUUUGCAUACUCCAAUGGUUUCUCAAUCACAUCGACCACCUUCCGCUCCUUUAUUAGAUGUAAAUGACACUCAGAACAUAGACCGAAAUUGGAUGGUUAUGAAAAGUUCUGAAAAUUCACAGCACAGGACAUUAAGUAUGCCUCAGUUAAUAGGACGUAAAGAUUUGUUGGCUCAGGAAUCCCGGCACCUCGGUUCAAUAUCUAUUUCGAAACACGAUGGGCCUCGAAGAAUUUACGCCCCUCCAAAACCACCCAGACUUGAAAAACAAUCUACUGAAAGAAAUGAAACAUCUAAGUCCAGCUACAAAUCGGAGGAGGAAACUGUAUUUGACAAUGAGGAAAUAUCGGGUGAAAAAAUUGAUUUUGAAGAAAUGUCUCGCGCCGUUGAAGAACAGAGUAGAGGAUUAGGUGAUGGGAGAUCAGCGAACGAAACACAGUCGCAAAUGCGGCGCGUCUCACGGCGGCGGGAACCUCGCCGCCACACCUUACAUAACGGAGUGGACUACAACCUCCUAAAACGUAUGAAACAGAUAGAACAGGAAAAGGAUGUUUUACUACAAGGCUUGUCAGCUGUAGAAGAAGCUCGAGAAUGGUAUUUAAAACAAUUAUCAGAAGUACAAGAAAAAAUGCGUUACGCCGGUAGAAUGGGUGCCUAUGUGGAACCUUGGAGUGAGGCACACCAAGAACGUUUAGAGUUGCUAAAAGCACGAGUGCUCGAAUUGAAUCGACAAUUGGGGGCAUUGGCAGCUGGUUGGCGACAUGGGCAGCUCUCCCUUCACAUGAACUUAGCACUGCCAGCUGCCUCGCUCUCCGCUACGGGGACUACUGCUACACCCAAUAACGCGACAGUUCUACGAUCUCAAAAUCGUAUGCUUGCAGAGGAAGUCAAUAGGAAAAACGAGAGAAUAACUGUUUUGGAACGAGAAAAAUCAGCAUUGAUAAGAGAACUGCUACUUCAAAGAAACAGAUCAAAAUUAAUAGAUACUUUUACAUAACAAAUUUU